AUGACAGACGUUGAAAUCCGCCGAGCUGUUCAACACUGUUUGUUAUAUCCUGGUUUGCCGUGUUUUGGAUAUAUAACAGAGAAGCGAGUUGUUCCUGUUUCACACGCGCCACUCCUUCCUCCAUUUUCGGAAAUAAUUUAUACCGACAUUUCUGAGAUGGGAGUUACAGCGAUGUAUGUGGCCGACAAUUCUGGCUUAUUACCGAAGUCGUUUUCAUCGUUUGCUGCGCAGAAGGGAAUAGCAAUUAUUUAUGUCGUCUCACUGUACAACCCUGAAAAACGAAUCCAAAAAUUCAGCUUGAAAGAAAAGAACUGGAAGAGCGAAACUCUAACAGUGGAUUUGACUAACACAGUGGCAGACAAAGGAAUGAUAGAGUAUGAGGCCAUAUUUGAAGGCUCAAAGUAA